AUGUCGAAUCAACCAUCUCAGACCUACAUACCAAGUAGGCAGAUCAAGACUGAUUAUCCUCUCAUAGACAAUGACCCGCACUUCAAGCGAGUUAUCGGAUAUGCCCGCCCCUCAGACUACGCCUUUGGUGCCACCGCGGCCGCAGCAGGACCCGGCUUGUUGUGGACGAUGGAGCGUUUCGCCCCAUCCUACGUCGGUAGAGGUGGCUUUGCCCGCGUCAUGAGAUUGGCCGGUGCUAUUGGUAUCUGCGGUGGCUUUCUGGCAUUCUACAACCGAUCCAUCCUGCGAUUUUACGGAUUCACCGAGAACGCCCGCGAGGUUGAGAUGGACAUGCGCGAAAUGGUGGACAAGGUCAAGCGCGGCGAGCCUCUCUACGGCGUGAGCAAGCUCUCCGCGCACAUGCAGGGCGUCGCAGCUCGGCAGUCACGCUUCUCCUCCCUCUUCUCAGACGUGGUCCCUUGGUUCAACUUUGUCAACCACAACCAGCAUGGUGUCGAUACCGCCAAGUACUACCGGCAGGCCGAGAGGGAGCUCGAGGCGGAAGGGCAGCACAAGGGGCAGGAUGAGGCCGCGAAGCUGGGCUGA